AUGAGCAUCCCCGACGAGAAUCUCCACCCAGUCGCUACAGGCAGAGCCGCCCAGGUCGUCAAGGACCACGAGCACGCUCAAGCAGACCAUGUCUUGUACUCUGGCUGGUUCUGCCCCUUCGUGCAAAGAGCAUGGAUCACCCUCGAGGAAAAGAAGAUCCCCUAUCGGUACCAGGAGAUCAACCCCUACAAGAAAGAGCCCUCGUUUCUCAAGCUCAACCCCCGCGGCCUCGUUCCGGCCCUGGGCGUUCCCACGCCGGAUGGGCCCCAGUCGCUGAUCGAAUCGGGCAUCAUCUGCGAGUACCUAGACGAAACCUUCCCUCAGAACCCCCCGUUUCUCCUGCCCAGGGAGGAUCCCUUCAGAAAGGCCAAGCUGAAGAUCUCCAUCGACUACGUGACAAGCCGAAUCAUCCCUGCCUUCCACCGCUUCCUGCAGCACACGCCCGAGAAGCCCUACACUCUGGACGAGGCAAGGAAGGAGUUUCUGCACACGCUUGUCACCUGGAUCCGGGAUGCCGAUCCGACGGGCCCGUUCUUCGCGGGCGAGGAGUUUAGUCUGCCAGACGUCGUGCUCGCGCCCUGGGCUGUGAGGCUCUGGGUAUUUGAUUACUUCAAGGAAGGCGGGCUUGGUAUUCCGGCCUCUGGGGAAGGAGGCGAGGACGAGGAGUUGUGGGAGAGGUGGAGGGUGUGGAGCAGGGCUGUGUCGGAGAGGGAGAGUGUGCAGGCGACGACGAGUGAUCGGGAGCACUACCUGCCUAUCUAUGAGCGGUAUGCGACGGACAAGGCGAUGAGUGAGCUGGCCAAGGCUACGCGGGCUGGGAGGGGUGUGCCUUGA